UGUUUGAGCGGGUAAUGUUGGUCACCCUGGCGCUAUUUUACGCGCACAUGCGCAGAACGACAGGUGGUCGGCGACUCGACCCAGCCGUCUCGUCCGAACCUAUCGACUUCUCAUCCUCAUCAUCAGGCGCUUUCGUGCUCUAGCAAGAAAGAUGUGCAGUGCUUUGUGUUGAAGUGCUCGUGGUGACAUGGCGUCUUUUAAUUAAUUGUUAUAGCAGUUCUGGUGUUCAAAAUUUAGUUUAUUUACGAUGAGUGUGAAUUAUGAUCGUGUUUGUAGACUGUGCUUGUCAUCUCGGGGCGAAUUACUGCCGAUUUUUCCUACCACCAGUUCGGAUGACUCGGAGCCUCUCGUCCUCGCAUCAAAAAUCAAGGAUUGCGUGGCCGUACAAAUAAACGAGAAUGACGGCUUGCCAUCGAAUGCCUGCAGGAAAUGCGUGGACAACGUCAAUAACUGGCACAUAUUUAAAACAGUAUGUGAAAGGACACAAAACAAACUACAGUCUCUGAUUAAAAAAGAUGGCAGCCAACUAGAAGAGGUGAACAUAAAAAGUGAACCUUUAUCAGAUGAGGCCUAUGAUGAUGGAGUGGUUAUUGAAGGAGGUUAUAAUGAGGUUGCCAGUAGCAGUAAAGCACAUCUGGCAGGCCCUCCAAUCUUGGCUUCACUGGGGCUCACUCCGCGGAGUGAUAAGGGUGUCGAGAGCGAAAAAGACGAGGAGGACGAAGACGAAGAGAUGAUGGAGCAGGCCCAGCAGCAGUAUACCAAAGCCGUGCCCAACAUGCCGGAGGUGUCCAUCACCGUCAUGCGGCCCACCGGGGAGACUCUCCACGCCCGCCAGGGCAUCCAGCAGCUCGCCUCCAAGGACUGCCUAGUGUGCGGCCGCGCCUACAGGUACUCACACAACGCACGUCGCCACGAGCUCACCGCCCACAGCUUCGACCGCUACACCAACAAAAUUAACCCUCCCAAGAAACCCAACCCCAUCAAACAUUUGCAACCCAAGCUCAGACUCAACCCGUUCAACCCCAAAGCGCGACUCAUGCCCAACCCCAUCAAUCACAAGCAGUUCCAAAAACCGAUGCCGUCUAGGCUCAUGCCCUCGCGAGUCGUCGCUCCCCCGAAACCUAUACCGAUCAAGCAACCGAGCAAACCCGUUCAUAACAACUUACCGUACCCCUUGCGUAUAAAAGCACUGAAGGAUCUGCAAAUUAAGAAGAAGGAACCGCAAAUCUUGAAGACCCUUCUCACGGCUAAACCCGAGCUGUUGGUCUCCGAGCCCGAAAUUAUUAACUCGGGACCGGAGAGCCCGGAAACUUUAAUAUCGGAGCCCGAGAUAGCAUCAUUCCAAGUUGAAACUAUUUUGUCCGAACCUUGUUACGACCAAAACCAGGAGGAGGAGGAAGCCGAUGAAUCCCAUAAUCAAAACCAGCAUUAUGACACAGUCGAUAUGGAAUCCGACAACGAGAUCGAAAUCGCCCGCCAACAAGAGAAUGAGGGGGAAGUCGAUGAGACCCAGGAGGAACAUGACGGAGAUGACAACAUGCAACAGGAUAAUGAACCAAUGGAAGGCAUAGAAGGUGAAAUGAGUGAGAACGAGAAUGGACAACAGGAGGAAGAUGACGAACACGGCGGCAGCCAGGGAGAUAUCACGAUAGACGAACAAAAUGAUAUUCAAGCUGAGGCUGAGAGAGACAAUGGUGAAAGUAAUGGAGACAAAGAUGAGGAACAGGAAGACGGUAACGAUGCCGAGGAUAACGAAAAUGAAAAUGAGGAGGACGAGGAUCUCCCGCCGGGCCUAGCGCCGGUUGUAGAAAUCAACGAGGAUAUGCAGACUAAUUCGUACAACAGCGAACAGAAUGAAGACGAAGAGGAGCUCGAUGAAUCUGCUGCCAACGAAACGAUCGACGAAGACGUGAAGGAAUAUGAUCCCGACAAGAUCUACGUCACGAAAACGCAGAGAGAUUUUAUCAGCAAAUACAGAGAUAUCAUACAACAGAUCAACACUAAAAGAUGUAUUUGCUGCGAUAAGGAACAUCCCCGCAGAAAAGCCGUCAUACAACAUUUGCAGAAAAAUGGACACAAAGUACCAAAGCACACAUGCUAUAAUUGUGUUAUAACUUUUGGCCAUAUUGGCGCAUUGCUCAGUCACAUGAGAGCUAACGUUUGUACGGACUUGUGGAAGAUCAUUUACAAUGAACAGGGAAUAACUGACGACCUGGUCAUGGAAGAGCCCAAAGACAACAAGGUCCAGUAUAAGGAUAUCUUCAAUGCUAGAUCGUAUGCAUGUAAACUCUGCCCGGCUAAAUUCCAACUUAAACAGUUUAUUAUGAAGCACGUUCUGGAUGUCCAUGAGGAUGGCCAGUCGCGGGUUCAGAUGGCCUGCGUACACUGCGGGUCCAGAUUCAAAGACAGGUCCCUGUGGAAGAGGCAUAUUCGGAACGGGGAAUGCACAGUUUACAUCGCAUGCGAUCUAUGCCCUGAGAAAUUCGUCAAUAUGCAAGACUUCAACGAUCAUGCUCUACAUGUUCACGCCGGCAGUUUCGAUCCCGACAAUCAGAAAAAUUGCAUCGACGGCCGCCCCACCGACUGCCCUCUGUGCGGCAAGAAACACGCCAACUAUCCUAACCUGGUGAAACAUUUGAAGACCGCUCAUAACGAGGACAGACCUCACUACUGCCAGAAUUGUGACGCUAAAUUUGAAACCAGCGUGGACCUGAAUAAGCAUAUCUACGCCGAACAUUCCGAUAAAGUAUUAGGAGCGCAGCCCAUCGAGCCCGACAUGUCGCUCGUCAAGGAGGAAGCGGAGGAAUACCAUUACUCGUGCACGGAAUGUAACGCCAUAUUCGAAACCGUAGACGCCUGGACCGACCACCAGGUCGCGGAGCACAAUCAAGUCGCGCACCACUGCGACCAGUGCGAAAAGAAGUUCCUGCGCCCGUCCGAGCUGGCGGAACACAAAAAUACGCAUUUGAGAGUGAAGUUCUACCCCUGCAGCGUCUGCUCCAACUCCUACAGCACGCCGCAGAAACUGUCCGAGCACGUGCAGCAGGCGCACCCCGGCGCCGCGGCCAUGGCCGCCGCUGAUACAGAAUUCUUUUGUGAUAUUUGCAUCAGGUCCUUCAAAAGUCGACAGGCCUACUCGAACCACAUGCGCAUCCACGCCAAAGUUCCCACCACGAACAGAAAACCGGGCGAGGCCAAAGGCUUCGCCCCGCAGAUAAUCGGAAAGCCGAUCAAGCAGUUCCCCAUGAUCCAGACGAGCUUCGCCGCGUUCAAGCCCAACAUCAAUGUUCCCAACGCCCCAUACUGCUGCGACAUAUGCGGAAAGGGCUUCAUGCACAAGAAAAAUAUAUGGAAGCAUAAGAAAGUUUUGCACGCGGAUAUCCUCAACGAGAGGAACGACAGCGAGGAGAACACCAUGCAGGCCUCCACGGAGGAGGACGAAUACAACGUCGACGAAAACGGUAUCGCGUUGUCGACGCCACAGUUCAACAGCUUCAACUUUUCCAAUUUCGCUAACAACGCCCAACAACAUCAACAACAGGCGCAGCAGCCGGCGGCGGCGCCCGCGGACGCGAUGCCUUUCUCGUGCGAGCUGUGCUUCAAGCGCUUCCCGCUGCGGACGAGCCUCUGGAAGCACAAGCGCGCCAAACAUGGCAUCAUUAACGCCAGUGUGUCCGGCAACCCCGAAAACCAGGCGCAACCGUCUCAGCCCUCGGAAGGCGGCGGAAGAUCCAGUUGCACAAUUUGCAAGAUAACGUUCUCAGAUAAAAAGUCGUACUACCGCCACAGAAAGAACGUGCACAAAUCUUCGGCACAAAUAUGUAAAAUCUGCGGGAAACCGGUGAACUCUACGUUGGAGCUGUACGAGCACUUGAAGGCGGCGCACGCUCGUGAAUUACUAGGAUAUAACGCUAACCAGGGCACGAGUAAGGCGCAAGAUAUAUCUCAGGAGCCUGAGGUGGAGUAUGAGGCCGAACCCGAAAUCGCGGACCCCAGCGCGGAGUAUCAGGCUCGAUACCCGUGCGACACGUGCGGGAAGCAAUUUGUGGGGCUCCUCGCGCUUCAGAACCACCAGUGUAUAAACCAAACGGCUUCGGAACCCCAAACAUUCGACUGUGAGAUCUGUCACAAGAGUUACACGUCGAUAGCCGCGCUGAAGAGUCAUCGCGGCUGGCAUCUCCGCUCGCCCGACGGCAAGGCCGCCGCCAACAACAGCGGCCUGUGGAUGCCGCAGCACAAAGUGACCAGCAAGGUCAGCAAGCACGAGGUCGUCGACCCCUCCCAGCUCGCGAGGGUCACCCACUCCACCCCCCUCGCGACCGCCACCACCAAGAGAAGACUGCCGCCUGAGGUCGAAGUGACCGUCGUCAACCCUAACAAGAAAUUGAGAUCCGACGAUUCUAUGGAGCUCGAGCCGCAGAACAGCAUGCCCGGCACCCUAGAGGACAGAUACUGCACCAUUUGCGACAAAGAGUUUACGAAACGCGCGGCGUACCAGCGCCACAUGGACGAGGUUCACCAGCCCAACUCCGUGUUCUGCCCCGUGUGCGACAAGAGCUUCACGCGCAAGUCGACCCUGCUCGUGCACAUGAAGAAGCACUACGGGGGCGAGGGCGAGGGGAGCUCCAGUGCGAUAGGCCAGGCGGAGGAGGACGCGUUCGCGUGCGACGUGUGCGGCGGACAGUUCGGCAGCGACGCGGCGCUGCGCGCGCACCGGGCGCGGCACCACGCCGAGGAGGAGGAAGAGUCCGAGGACGACGGCCACGUGCCGCUCGCGCAGCCCGGCGAGUUCACGUGCGGCCAGUGCGGCGACGGCGUGGCCACGCCGCGCGACCUCAUCGCGCACCGCUCCAUGCACGCCACCCCCACCAAGUUCUUCUGCAACAUCUGCAAAGUUUACUUCGCGCGGGCCCUAGACCUGUCCUCGCACACCCGCGCGAGGCACGCCGACAACGAAAAGGUUUACUUCCCCUGUGCCAUGUGCGAACGCUUCUAUAUGAACAAGAAGAGUUUGCAGCGGCACAUUGAGAUGGCUCACUGAUAAUGAGAGCUCGACUGCUUGUAGCGUUAAGUUUGAACCGGGUUUGACGAUUACUACUGGACGCGAUAGAUACGAUUUAGUAAGUCGUUUUUGGCCAAUUGACUUGGCGUACGACUUUUGUAAAUGUUUGGGGCGGGCAGAGGUCGUGUCUUUGCCGGGGGUCUGCCGUCAUUCCUUAUAGAUGUUACUUUAUGGUGUGUUGAUUUUAUUGUCUCUCGUAAGCAUUGCUCACUUCUCUUAUUUUUAUUUACGAUAUUGACUUUGACAUUGUUGUAAUAUGGAGUGACAGUGAAAAUACAUGUAAUGUGUUUUAGGUACUUAUCAUGACUUUCGGGAUAAUAUCUGUUAUAGAUGUAACGAAUUAUUUUCUAUAUUUUUAAACAUUGGAAUAUUGGGCCAAAAUUGUGAAAUAUAGUCAAAAUUAGUCAUAAACCAGUGUUAAGAUUAGAUAUGAGUCAUGCUUAUCUACUUGCGUUUUCGAAAAUUAUACAUAUAUAUGUAU